GCCGUGGAGCGGCAGUUUUAAUUCUCCGGCGGCGGCAGAUUGAGUGGACAGGAUGGUCCUCACGGGGCUCAUCAGGAAACUCGGUCAUCAGCUGGCCGAGAUCAGGGAACGAGCUCUCAAGAGUGUUCUCUGCAAGGUUGAGCACAACUUAAUCAGCUAUGCUGAUCUAAUUCAGGAGAGGCUCCUUUUUCAGCACUUGCUGGAAUGGUUCAAUUUCCCAUCUGUUCCAAUGAAAGAAGAAGUUCUGAACCUCUUGAACAGAUUGGUUAAGUAUCCCCCAGCAGUCCAGCAUUUGAUUGACUUUGGUGCAGUAGAGUUCUUAUCUAAGCUUCGUGCUAAUCUGGAGCCAAAUCUACAGGCUGAAGUUGAUGGCAUUCUGGAUGGACUUUUUAUUCUUCCUUCAGAAGUUCCUGCACUAUAUUCUGCUUCUGACCAAACCAAUCAAACUGAAUUGUCAAAACAACCUGAAUUCUUAACAGGAUAUUUCCCCCAAGACAAAAGUAAUUUCCAGCAGAUGGAAGUGCCUUCGCGACCAGUGGUAAAUCAUACUGUGAAGUGUUUGAAAUUUUCUACAUUUCCUUGGCUACCUCUGACCACAACAGAUAGACAUGUUCUCUCCUCUAAUGAAAGCUCUUUGAGAAGUAGUAACCACACUUUAAUCUGGAACACCUGUGAACUAUUGAAGGAUGUUAUCAUGCAAGAUUUUCCUGCUGAGAUUUUUCUUCAAAGGCCAAAAAUUGUUCAGAGCCUUUUAUCUCUGUUGAAACUGGCCUUUGGAGGAGAUGGAAAACAUCGCCUGGCAUUACAGUCAGUGUCCUGCUUGCAGCAGCUGUGCACAUAUUUAAGAAACAGACUUAACUUUCACCGAGAUCCAGGUUUUUUCUCUAAUAAACAGGACACAGUUUCCCAAAACUCUUCUUUGUCUUAUUGUCAUGAAGCAAGAGGUACUCAUCAUUCCCAGAAUCCUUCCCCAGGAAGCAGCAGCCCUCGGCCUUCUGUGGUUGGGCGCACAGGCCAACGACCCAGAGGAGACGGCCAGGAUUGGGAUGCAGUGUCCUCUAGUGGAAGUAGUAGUCAUGCUCAAGUAAACCCUAGGAUAUCUGUCCAUUCACCUUUGGAUAUGGGACACAUAGACCUGCCAGAGCUGGAAACUGAAGACACAUUGGAACUACAGUUCCAGCAACUCAGUCUUCCCCAGUUCUGUGUCUUCAUUCUGGAAUCAGCAGUUCCUCUUUUAAGAACAGGUAGGAGACAAGUGAUAAUAAGAGUUCUGGAAUUGCUUGCAGAAGAUGUGAUACUGAUUGGUGAAGCAAUUUCAGCAGAUAUUUGGGAUGACAGCAGCCUUUUUGCUAUAGAUAUGAAGGAGAAACUACUCCUGGUGUUGGGGUCUCUUGGAGAAACUCUGUGCUACCAUAAAAGCAAUGUCAGUUUGGAAGGACCAGAGGUCAUACUAGUGCACCACAGAAUGGCCUUUGUCAGCAUCGCACUAUUUGCAGUUCGACUGUUACAAACGCUUCUCCCUGUUGAAAAGGCAAGUGAGUUUUUACCAGAGCCUAUGUCUGCAGCAUUAUUUCUUCUUUCUUUGGACAUGCCUAUUUCGUUGGAAUAUCCAGAUAUUCAUGAAGCUGUUGUGGCCUAUUUGGAACAGCUGAAUUCUGAAAACUACAGUAUUUAUAAGCGAGCUGCAGAGGCUGUUUAUUCAAUUGAAUGUACCUGUAACUUCCUAUCUGAUGUUGGGAAGGAGGGAGAGAAGAAUCUCUUAGAAUUAAUGGAGCUGGCAGACCAAGCCUUGCGUAGCUUUUCCUAUCAUCAGCAUUUUCCCAUAAUAAAGGAAAUCAUCUGCAUUUGUUCAAAGAUCUGCAAAUCUGCACAGACCAGCCCUUUACUACAAGGAGAAAGUCAGAAGGUGUUUCUACAUAUGUUAUCUCACCCAUUGCCACAAGUGAAAGUUGAAACUUACCACUGCUGUUUGGAAAUUAUAAAGGAAUGUUUAGGUAUCCAUAAUGUCACUAAACCUGUGUCUUCACUUUGUAAUGGAAUUCAUUUUCUACUUCAUCCAAAAGUUCUAUAUGAAAUCUCUGCAUUUGGCAUUCAGGAAUCCAAAAAUAAGGUAAAUGCUGCUGCCAAGGCCAUUCUGCUGUAUCUGCUUCAGGGACGAUUGAUGAUGACAGCGCUGACUUGGAGCAAGUUUAUUGAGUCCCUCUGUCCUGUCAUUCCAGUACUACAGGGCUAUGCUGACACAGAAGACCCUCUGGGCAACUGCAUCCUCCUCCUAAGCAAAGCGAGUCCUGAGGCCGGAGAAGAGAUUCUCCCCUCAACUACUCGAUUAAGGUCCAUGCUGCGACUUUUGCUAGUGAAAAAGCCAUCGGUCCGUUCACUAGCAUUAAAGCUUCUAGCGUUUCAUCUUAAGAGUGAAGAAGGGGCUGAUACAAAGCGCCCUUUAAUAGAUGCCAGAGUUCUCUCCAGAGUUACUAAUUUGUUUAUUGUGAGAAAACCUAUUGAACUCAAACUGGAUGACAGAAGAGAACUGGUUAUUAAGUUGGAGACUGUUGAAAAGGUAUAUGAAAUCUUCACCUCAGAUGAUGUUGAUCUUGCUUUGAGAAAGUCAGCUGCAGAACAAUUAGCUGUGAUUAUGCAAGAUAUUAAAAUGCAUGCUGUGGUGAAAAAGUUGUCUUUAAUUGAUAAGAUAAUUGAGUAUUUAAAUGAAUGUGUGGGUCAAGAUGGCAAGGACAUAGAAUGUUUGAUACAGCCGUGCCUAACACUCUUGAGGAAGGUUUUAUGUGCCGAUCCAGUUGUGCGUGUUUCCCUCUCGCAACAGUCUUCUUUCUUGACCCUGUUAUUCAGAGUUUCCUUGAUAUUUCACGAAGAUUGUACUGUUGUGACUGAAGUUGGAGCAUUAUUUUGUCUUCUAUUAUUUGAUGAAGUAUCAAGAAUGGAUAUGUGGUCUGUUAAUCCUUCCAGUAAACCUUCUUUGCCAUCAGUCUUCAGUUUACCUGUUUCAGUUUUUAGAAGGUAUCAUCUACCAGCAUGUGUAAUUGGCCACCAUGCUGUGAGUCCUUACUCCAUAGUUUUGCCGUUAUCUGCUGAUUGUUUGGCAUUGAAACCAGUGUCAGAUAUGCUGAGAAUAGCUUGGAACCUGUCAUGGUAUCAUGGGAGUGAUAAUCUAUUGAAGCAAAUGAACUCCGAAACUAAAAUUCAAGAAUUUUCAGAUGCCUUGAAGUUAUCUACAGAGGACAUCCUUACUCUGAAGACAACACACACAGCUAGUGGGCUUCAGGACUGCCUCCAUUCCAUCGUUCAGGCUGCAGGCCACAGGGAAGUUAGGGCUGCUGUCACUAGGAUGAGUUUUUAUCUUCUGAAUGACAGAUUGUCUUUAAAGGGUGGUACUGGCCCAUGUGGGGUUACCUUGAAGUCUUUGGCUUGGCACACUGCACUAAACAGGUUUUUACAAGUGCUUCCUGCUUGCACCGAGGAUGAGAAACUGCUGAUAGAUAUCAUACAUUUUUUCAAUAAGUUAAUGAAGGAACAAGGAAGAAAUUCACCAGUAGAGUUUCUAAACUGGAUUCUAGAAUUACUUCUUAGUAAUAUAAGUGCAGAAAGUUGCAUGGAGGAAGGAGAAUCUUAUAUGAGCAUUCAGCCUGCUGAAGAUCCAGUUGAUUAUGAUGAUGCACUAGUUUCAUUGUUUAUUAGCCUAUCAAAUUGGAAAUGCUUGGAACUUCUUUACGUUUUCCAAACGCAGUUGGCUCUGAAACUGCUCCAGUGUCUGAGAAUCACAGAUGCCCCUCAUUUCUACGGCCUGCCCUCCCUCGAGCGGACCUUGCGGGGGCUGGCUCACCUCACCGCAUUUCCCGGCUGGAGUUCGCACUCUCCUCUCACCAAGCCCCUCGACAUUUGUGUGAAGUACCUGUCAGGUCUCCUUGAGGUCAUUACUUCUUUUUAUGUGGAGCGUGGAGGAAAUGCUAUGUCCUUCAUGGGAAAGGGUGUUACGAAGAGCACAAUUCUUUGCUUGCUUCACUUAUCCCAUGAGAUGAUGGCUCAGGCUCAGAGCUUGGAGUGGGUGUCACUUUGGUUCUUGCAUUUGGGUAGUCACAGUGAAGAACAUGUACCUACCCAACAGGGAUUGACUUGGCUGAUUCCAUUAUGGGUUGAUCGGGAUCCAGAGGUGAGAUUCACUUCACUGGGAUUAGGAUCAGCCCUGACCACCCUUGAAAGUGGCUGUGUGGCCUUGGCAAACAGUUGUCAGAACAUUUCUGGUGGGAUCUGGGGAACUGUAGUGAACAUUCUUCUAGACCAGUCAGAAUGCAGUAUGGUGCGCCGGGAGGCUGCAUUUAUUCUUCAGAAUCUCCUUGUAAUUCCAAUGCCUACAGAAAUUAUAAAGGAUUAUACUUGGCAGGGCCCCUGUGUCCAUGAUGAAGACUCUGGCCUAUCACUUGUAGGAAAACCUGCCCUUCAGGCUCUUUUAUAUCACUGCCAUUUUUAUGAACAUUUGAAUCAGAUGGUAAAACAUUGUUACCUACUGUGGUAUGCAUUUGAUUUGAAUUUUUCUGCUUUUGAUAGAACUUCAGAAGGCAGUGAUUCAAAUGGUUUAGAUGAGUCAUUCAAGUUUUGGAGGGCUUCAUCUAGGAUAUCCAGUCAAGACCGAGAUCCGAGUUCUCUCUCCACCUUGGAAACAAUGGUGGCACCUUCAUUGGAGAGUGCUGAAUUUCAACCACUUGUGCCAUCAACAACGCUUCAACCUGAACCCUCACAUGACCAGUUUGUGGCUCAAGGUCAGCACGAAACUGCAUCAUCACGGCCUCCUCAUGAUUCAUCUCUUUCUGCCCCGCUGCCCAAACAAUGUGUUUUUGUUACUCCAUCUCUUCUUUCAGCAAUAUGCAGCCUAUUAGACAACCUCUUGGUGAUUGCUCCAAGAGACACUGCAGAUGCUUUACGACAAGCCCAUCUCAUAGAGCUUCUCUGUAGCAUUGCAGAUGCCCCCCUCAUAGAGAUGUAUGUCCAGGGACUCAAGACUCCACUCUCUUCAUCUCCUCCAGUUGAACGUACCCAGGCUCAGAUUUCCUUUCUCCUGGAAUACCUGUCCUCUUUGUCCGGGCUUCUGCAAUCAUGUUUAUUGGUAGAUCCAGACCUUGUGAUUCAGGAUGAGCUUCUGAAACCUUUUAUCACUAAUAUUAUUGGAGUUCUCACCAUAUGCACUGAAGAUGUGUUAGAUGUAGAGUUAAUAUCAGCUUUUUAUCACACAUGGACACAUUUAUUUAACCUUCUGGCCACACUCCUGAGAAAAGCUGGUGAUGUCUCUCUUCCAUUUGUUACCAUGGCUCUGGCUAAGCACUGGUCAUCAAUGAUUGAUAUGUUCUGCAAAUGUGUGGGCUUGUCUGUCACAUGCCCUACCCUGUUUACUGCCAGCCUGCAAUUUUUUUCUAUUCUCUUGACUGAGGAAGCAAAAAGGGGUCUUCAGGGUAAGGACAAAGCAAGUUUGUGUCACAGUCCAACAAUGGCUUCACUUCUUGAUAAAACUCAGGAAAAUCAGAAAUCACUAGAACGACUUCAUGAAGUAAUUCUUCAGUGCUAUGAAGGAAAAUCCUCCAAAGAUAUCCUGAAAAGAGUUGCUACAAAUGCAUUGAUGUCACUUCUGGCUGUCAGCAGAAGAGCACAGAAACAUGCUUUGAAAGCCAGUCUCAUAGAAAACUGCAUGGAGCAGAUGAAGCGCAUUAAUGCACAACUGAAUCUAGAUUCUCUGAGGCCUGGGAAGGCAGCACUGAAAAAAAAGGAGGAUGGUUUUAUUAAAGAGUUAAGCAGUGCCAUGCAGCUCCUAAGAAACUGUCUUUAUCAAAAUGAAGAAUGUAAAGCAGCAGCUCUUGAAGCUCAUCUUGUCCCUGUCUUGCACUCUCUCUGGCCUUGGCUUUUGAUGGAUGAUUCAUUGAUGCAAAUUGCCCUGCAGCUACUUUGUGUCUAUACUGCACAUUUUCCACAUGGUUGCAGUUCUCUUUGUUGGUCAAGUUCUGGACAAUAUCCUGUUCAAGCUGCACACAGAGGAGCCCCCAGCAGCUCUUUGAUGCUGUGCAUCCUAAAAUUGGCUUCCCAGACGCCUCUUGAGAACAGCAUGGUUCAACAGACAGUUUUUAAGUUUCUUUCAAACCUGGCCUUGUCUCAUGACUGUAAAGGAGUAAUUCAAAAGAGUAACUUCUUACAGAACUUUCUAUCCCUAACAUUGCCAAAAGGAGGAAAUAAACAUCUCAGUAACCUGACCAUUCUUUGGUUGAAGUUGCUCCUGAAUGUCUCAACUAGAGAAGAUGGGCAACAAAUGAUCCUGAGGCUUGAUGGCUGUUUAGACUUACUGACAGAGAUGAGCAAAUACAAGCACAAGAGCAGCCCUUAUAUACCUCUUCUUAUCUUUCAUAAUAUUUGCUUUAAUCCUGCUAAUAAGCCCAAGAUCUUGGCUAAUGAAAAAGUCAUUACUGUGCUAGCUGCCUGUCUGGAAAGCAAGAAUCAGAAUGCUCAGAGGAUUGGAGCAGCUGCGCUUUGGGCUCUGAUUUACAAUUUUCAGAAGGCAAAAACAAUUUUGAAAAAUCCAUCAAUAAAAAGAAGAGUGGAUGAAGCGUAUUCCUUAGCAAAGAAAACUCUCCCAAACUCAGAAGAAAACCCUCUAAAUGCCUAUUAUUUGAAAUGUCUUGAAAACCUCAUGCAGCUCCUUAACUCUUCCUGAGUGCCAUGAAAUGUGCUGCCCUAAAUCUGACAGCCCCCCAACAGGGGUGCUAAACUUGAGCCAGCUUUGUGUAGCAACUGUUACCUGAAGACUUGAUAACUCUCUGCAAGGUACUGAUGUCCUUCCUUCCUAUGAGAAACAGAACUAGAGGCAUUGAAAGAAGUAGACCUGGUGAUGCCUUCACUCCAUUUGUAACAGCUCUCUAGAAGUAAUAGCAGCUGACAAAGAGAGGAUGGAAAAAGACAUGGAAGGUUCCAGAAACAAACAUUUGCUACCAUUUUCUAUGCAAUUUGUUAUGUAAAAAUCCUAUUUAACAGUUAUUUAAUAAAACAAAAUAUUUUUAGAAACUGAAAA